AUGCGAUUCUUGUUCCCCAACAUGGAUGUGUUCGACGACGCCGUGACCACAACGUUGACAGUCACUACGACUUCCUCGACAUUGGUCAACGUCAACAUCAGCGUCUAUGGAAAAGUAAUACAGGAAACGGUCGUGUACAGAACGCCAUCAACAGUUGUCUUGCCCGAAAGAAAUGAUACUCUUACGAACGAUAGUUUGGUUGAGGUGACAAGUACAGGGGAGAUAACUCUAACCGCCCUGUUUGAUGGUCCGGCUGUGCGCCCAGAGUGUGUCAUUCUCUUCCCGGUUACAGCACUGAGCACAGUCUACUAUAUGACGGACAGGCACAAUGUCACUAUAGGGGUCACGUCCUCGACAAACGAGACGACGACAUUCGCGGUGGCACUUCCUUCCUCCAGUGGGACGGUCGACUACGAUGGACAAACAUACGGGCCGGAUAGAAUAAUAUCUGCCUCAGCCGAACCUUACCAAACUGUCCGUUUAUACAGCACGGGCGCUAUAGCGGGGAUAAUCGUGAUAGCUUCUCAGCCAGUCGUUGUGUUCCUGCGAGGCCAAAAUGACGUCACUUCCUCCCAGAAUUCCACGUUCGGGGCGACGGAAAUGCUUCUACCGUUCGACGGAUGGGAUACAACUUUUGUUGGGGUCCCGCUUGGAAGUAACUCAUCCUGCGUCCAUGAUUACUAUGAAAUACUGGCCAGUUUAUUGGGUGCUACUGUCAUCAUCAACGGGUCUCCUCACAGCACGUACCUGUUGGCAGGGCAGGAGGUUAUUACCGUAAAUAACACAAAAGGGGAGACUGUCUACAUCCAGUCCUCCAACCCGGUGUAUGUCACCCAUCACUGUGGAACAGAACCAGCCUCUCACCUUGUCGUGGGUACCUCUCACUGGACAACAACGUACACCAUCACGCCGCCCCCAGGGACGUCAACCAACUACAUCACAAUCAUAUCAGCAACAGCUUCUACAGCAGGCGUUGCUGUCAACCCACCACCGCCUUCACACGUUGCCUGGACUGACGUUCCAGGUACCGAUUUCUCCUACACGACAAUCCCAUACACCUGUGCCUUCAUCUCCGUGAGCCACACCAACUGCACUGAACGUUUUGGCGUGUACGUCUACGGUAGUGGUGUUGAUGGAGACGCGAUUUGGUCCUAUGUACAUCCUGCUGGUCUGCGAGUGUAUACUAAAGUUGGAGAAGAUGCCAAUUUGACGUCAUGUGAUCUUCCCGUUUGGGUUGUUGAUGAAGAGUCUGGCAGUAGUUCGUUACUUGUAGCAUCACGGUUAGAUUCAUCUUUACUUCUGAAAACGUCAACGUCAACUGAUUCGUUAUCAGAUUAUUUUCUGCCGAUUCUCUCCACAGCAGCGUCAAACAACGACAUUUCAUUUGUGUUGAAGGUAGUUGAAACAGAUCUACCAUUAGACUCAACAGGGACCAUGCCAACGUCUUCUAAAGCAACACCGCCACCGGAUACAGCGAUCCAAGCAAAGUCCAUACAACAGACACAAACUGGGUCCUUAGAAGAGUUGAUUCAGAUUCUGCCCUCAACGUUUCUGGCGACGGACAUGUGGACUGAAGCGUCACCAACGUCUGCAUCUCACGUCAUCGUCACAACUUUGUAUGCAUCAUCGGCCACUUCAGAUACUGCAUCGAUGACCGUCCCUGUUGAAGCUACGACCGUCCCGGUAACUGACGUUUUCCAGUCUGACACCGUAGUGAAGGUUCUCAUUGCCGCUGCUGUAGCCGUUCCAGCGUGUGUGACGUUGUUGUCACUGGCGUUGUGGAAAGGUAUAACCAAGGCUCGAACCUCUUCCAACUUCACCCUGGACGAUUCAGGCCACAAGACAACUGUCAAGUCCAACGUCAAGCAGAUCACUGUGCGGUCGACCAAUGAACGUGUGCCACGUGUUCAGCUCGUGCAGAAGCAGACGACAAUGACGUCAUUGCGAUCCCAUCCUGGUCUGGAUUUUUAAGGACAACAACAUGCAUUGUCCGGAAUAUGUUUAUGACUGGUCAACAGAUGUGAAUUGAGGGAUAAAUACAGCGUCCAAAAUAAGCCUGUCUGUUGUCCCGUAACUGGUAAUAUUCCAUUCGGAACAGUCACCACUCAAAUAUCCCGUCUGAGUAAAUCUUGGAGUAUUCAGUGUACAUGUAAAUAUCUCAUUUCUAUUAACUAUACACCCAUUAGAUGGCAGAAUUUCGGGAGUGACUUCACCUCGUCCAUUGUUACAGAUUCUUAUUUUGCAGAUAAUUUUUCUCGCUCAGGGUUGUAAAUAUGAUUGGACGGCACUGCUGCAAAUAGUUCCAGGGUAUUUUUCAAAACAGAAUAGCAAUAAAAUAGUGGAUAAUC